AUGGGCGUCGAUUACUAUAACAUACUCAAGGUGUCGAGGAACGCGACGGAGGAGGACGUGAAGAGGUCGUACAAGCGGCUGGCCAUGAAAUGGCACCCGGACAAGAACGCCGUGAACGCGGCGGAGGCUGAGGCGAGGUUCAAGCAGAUAAGCGAGGCCUACGACGUUCUGGGCCACCCGGAGAAGCGGCAGAUCUACGAUCUGUACGGCGAGGAGGGGCUCAAGUCCGGCGCGUACCCGCCGCCGCCGCCGGGGUUGAAGGACAGGGAUUUUGGGGGAGGCGGCGGAGGGGGAAGGGGGUUUAAUUUCAGCCCGAGAGACGCGGAGGAUAUCUUCGAGGAGUUUUUUGGUGGGUUGGAUGGGGGGGAAGGGAAGGGUUCCGGCGGCGGAGGUGAAGGCGGCAGUGGUGGUGGUGGUGGGGGGAGGUUGAAGAAGGCGGCGGUCAUGGAGACCAAGCUGCCGUGUAGCUUGGAGGAGCUGUAUAAAGGGUCGAGGAGGAAGAUGAAGAUAUCGAGGGUUGUACUUGAUGCUUCAGGGAAGCCAACCACUGUUGAGGAGGUCUUGGCUAUACACAUCAAGCCCGGUUGGAAAAAGGGCACGAAAAUCACAUUUCCCGAUAAGGGCAAUCAAAAAGACGGUUUUGCCCCUGGAGACCUUAUUUUUGUUGUGGACGAGAAACCCCAUCCCGUUUUCAAAAGGGACGGUAAUGAUUUAAUAAUCCAUCAAAGGAUCUCUCUACUCGAUGCCCUCACAGGUAAGACUCUCAAAAUCGCAACUUUAGAUGGUCGGGAGAUAACUGUGCAAGUGGCAGACAUUGUUAAGCCGGGAUAUGAAAUGUUGAUAAAAGAUGAAGGCAUGCCCGUUUCGAAAGAACCCGGAAAAAAAGGGAAUUUGAGGAUAAAGUUUGAUAUUAAGUUCCCUUCGAGGCUUAGUGCUGAACAGAAAUUGGAUCUGAGGAGGGUCUUGGGGAGGUCUAGUGGUUAG